GAAUAAGAUAGACUUUAUAACGGCGCGGUUUGUAGGGACGUGUUUUAUUUGAUAAAAAAUUGUGUUAAGUGACUAACAUAGACGAUAUUUUUUAUUUAAACAAACGAAUGACAUAAAGAAGCCAUUAACCUUAAAGACGUGUCCUGAAGCGGUCUAGAACGAAAUAAUAUCACAUAUUGAUUAGAUAAGGAAUUCAGAACGGAUUAAAGAUCGAUUGUAUUAAUUACAAAGUUAUAAGGGUUGAUAUCAUUUACAAACAGCAAUCGUCGGUAUAAGCGUGAGCGCAGUUCGAGCACAGAGCCGUCAACAUGAGGUCGCUUAGCGCUGUCGUGGCCGCCAUCUUGUUAACAGGUUCCGUAUAUUGCACAGGAACGCCAUCUAUUGUAACGCAACCAGAAGGAGGCAGCUUUAUAGCGGGUGUACUAAAUUUUGAUCAUGAAGCCGAAAAGUGCUUCUUGAAAACACCCACAGAUGAAUUAGUAGAACUGAAACCAGUAGAUGGAUCUAGCGACAAAUACGAGUUGCUGCCUGAAGAUGACGUCAUUAGAUGCAGGGUGCUGAUAAAACAAUUGACACAGAAUGACAACGGAAUAUGGACCCUUCAUAUGUCAUCGAAAUCUGGAAACGAGGAUACACAAUCCUACAACGUCUCCGUACACCCGCUAGUCACAACAGAGCCUCCGACUACCACGGAAGUAGACCAAGUCGAAAUCGAAAACCUGACAGCACGAAACAUUACCACGACGCUCGGGACGAACCACAUCAUCACGAUACCCGAGUUCUCGUUCGUGACGAGCGAGAGGUGUGUUUUAGUGAGACCAUCUGGUGAGAGAAUUAAUUUAGAGGAACUCAAUGAUUCGGAUAUAAUUGAGGUAAUCAGUGACUCGAACGCGGCGUGUGCUAUCAGGAUUUCCGUGAACAACGAGGAUGCUAUCGGAGAUUGGUUGUUAAUUUCCGAAGGUUCCAGGUUUUCCACACAAAUAGAAAGAAGGUUGCCAUUUGCAGUACAUGUUGAAGAAAGCGUUGAUGCUUCUAUAGAUGAAGUGACUUUAGCUGAAGGGAACGAUUUCUACAUUCGAUUGAAGAAUUCUAUUCCUAAUUCUGGUACUUGCAGACUUGUUGGACCCAAUGGCCCUCGGAAUUUUGAGAUAGACCAGCGUUUUCUGGAUGUAUGUGGUUUUUUGGUUAGAGAAGUUACAGCCGCCGAUUCUGGCACGUGGGAGAUUCAGUACGGGAAUAAAAUAUCUUUCCGUGCUCGAGUUAUUCUACACGUCAAAGAUGACUCUGCCAGCAAAUUGGACCCGCUGACGUGGUCUAGAGGCAAUGCAUUGAACACCACUCUCGGUCCUGAAUCAGCGGUUUACUGCAAAUUAGAAAGUCCUAGUGGAAGAGUAGCGUACGAUGGUUUUGGAAGAUGCAGAGCUGUUAUAGACAGAGUUACUAUGGAACAUGACGGGCUGUGGAAAAUGACUGUCGGCGCGCCCGGCGGGGUGUUCACACAGAACUAUGAGCUUACCGUCAGAGUUGUAGAAAGAUCGCACGACACGCCCGCCAUCACUAGCGUGUCCUACGACAAGCCGGUUGUCUUCAUGACGUGUAAGGCCACGAGUCGGGUGCCAUUCAAGUCUUGUAAGUUCCGCAACCCGAUGGGAGAGAUCCUCCUGGCUUCGGAAGGCGUCGGUCAAGGGAGAUACAGCUUCCACGGAAGCGGAUCCAGCUUUAACGACGGUCUCUACACACACGAGUGCGGCUUCCAAAUAACGGAGCCCAUAGUUCGUGAGCUCGGGUUCUGGAGGUGUGUCCUGGAGACAGAAGACGGUAAUCACUACGGCUUCCUGAAGAUGCUCUCUCCCUGGAACAUGAGGGACCCUGAGGUCGUUGCGGGUAUCGUGAGAACGCCGUCUGUCACUCCGUCAGGGGACGUGUCCGCCGUGUCUGGUGAAAGCGCGGGCUUCCACUGUUCGUCUCCCGCCGCCCUCCGCUACUGUUACUUCAGAGCGAGUAAUGGAACCAUCUACAACGCAGAUCAGACUUCAUCGAGCUACGAGGGCGGCGGCUUCCCGUCCGGAGAGUGCGGUAUAAGGUUCGCCGCGCUGUCCGCGAGCGACUCCGGCGCGUGGAGCUGCCACGUUGGCAUCGAGGAGGGCGGAUCCCUGGUGGAGCUGUCGGCUGCCUUCAAUGUUGCCAUCCACGAGCCGAUGCUGGUGAGCCAGUCCAUGCAGGGCGGCGCGAUGCUGCUGACGGCUCAAGUCCACGGCUACCGACCACUUGAAUACUGCAGAUUCGUCCGCAUCGAUGGCCUCGGGUUCACGGACGUGUCGCUGCCACGUUACACCGUCACGUCGGACCUGUCCAGCGGCAGGUGCGGUCUCACUGUAGCUGAUGCCAGCAUCAUAGACCGUCACCCCUGGACGGUCGCCGCGAGGCUCCUCGGCGCCGAAGAACUGGUCGGCACCAGUGCAUCCACCUUGCAACUCCCCAGACCCACCCGGAGACGAAACAUGAAUUUCCCGCUAUUAAUAAUAAUGUCGGUCGGCAUUAUGCUGAUCAUCCUCGGCGCUGUCGUCGGCCCCAAGAGGAACCGGCAGUGGGCGGCCCAAAGAACCAGCGCUUUCAGGAACAGUUUGAGGAACAGCUUCAGGAAGAAACCUCUGCAAGCGGACAGCAGCGUGAACACGGCUUGUGCAGCGUAACCAGGACCGCGCUGCUAUUAUUACACCAGCAUAAUUCUGUCCCAACCAUAAUAAAGCGACCACACUCGAGUGGCCGCGGGCGCGCGGAGCGUACUUAACAUGUGAUAAGUUCGUAUAGAUUUCAAAUCAAAGACUUAUUUACUUUAUAUUUAUAUAUAUUUUAUGGCCGACGACUUGUUAUUCCUGUUAUAUAUAGAUAAUAAUAAUUUUGUUAUAACUUAUUGUUUGAUACAUUUAUAUGGAUAAAAGAAUUAAAUGUG